CGCUACGGUUUUUCCCCGAAUCAUCCACCGAUUUGGCAGUCUCCAGCUGUCUCCCCCUUGGUAUCAUGGCGAACGAUAGCAAAAACACUCGCAAGAUCCCCAUCGUAUGUCCCGGGCAUACUCGACCGCUUGCGGAACUCCAGUUUUGUUACAUUGCUCCGGAACAACGAACGUUUCUGGUUUCGGCCUGUCACGAUCGGCUGCCCAUGUUGCGAGACGGCACGAGCGGGGACUGGAUCGGGACGUUUGUGGGUCACAAAGGUGCCGUUUGGAGUUGCCGGAUGGAUCCGUCGGGUAGUUUGGCUGCGACGGCAAGCGGCGACUUUAGCGUGCACGUGUGGGACGCUAUUACGGGAAAGGAUCUGUUUCAACUGCCACACAAGCACAUUGUCAAGACGUGCGACUUUUCGCCCAACUCGAAAUAUUUGGCAACCGGGGGACACGAAGGCAUUCUACGAAUUUACGAUUUGACACAACCGGAGCAAGCUCCGAUUACCAUCCCGCAAGACCCGUCUAAAAAGAUUACGAUUACCAAGUGCAACUGGUUGUCGGAGGACUUGCUCAUCGUGGGCUGCGGGGAUGGGAAAAUUCGGUUCUGGCAGCCUCUGGCGCAGGGCGGUCCGGCAACGGUUCCCGUACACACCAUGUCCACCGAAGGCACCAGCGAAAUCCGAGACAUGGAGGUCUCACGGACUACAGCCGGUCAAGACGUUUUAACGGUAGCCGCUGGGGAGCGCGUUUAUUUCUUUGACCUGCAAACACGGACUUGCCUCAAGUCCUACAAAAUGCCCAUUCACUUUCGGGAGGAAGGCGGAGCUUCGUUACAUCCGUCCGGGAACAAGUUCGUGGCCGGUGGAAGCGAUUUGUGGGUUCGUGUCUUUGAUUAUCAAACUGGAGAAGAACUCGAACUCAACAAGGGACACCACGGUCCCAUUCGCUGUAUCCGUUACAGCCCGACCGGCGAGAGCUACGCCACUGGCUCUGAAGACGGUACAAUCCGUCUCUGGAAGACAGAUUAACAGUAAGCCCAAGCCGCUCUAAAACAAGCUGUUUGACUGGGAGGUCAACCAUUUUUUUCAAUUUGCACUAUAAAACACUUUGACAAACUAGCGAUUAAACGUUUAACCCUUGUACGGUUGCAAGUAGCAACUGGCGAGCCCGAAGAUCAAGUUUUGCAUGGCGAAUGCCACCGUACCCGUCCAUCGUUGUCCGCGUGCCCAGGCGGGGAUCAAACUGUACACGAGAAUGGCACCGGAGAUCCAAAUAGAAAUUCCGAGAGCAAAGGCGACUUUGCGAUGACCACCACCGCCACCACCACUGUUAAAGGCAAUGCCCAUACCACCCCGAUCGGUUUGUUCACGAGGCAUCCCCCGAAAGGUUAAUUGAGCGACGCAAAUGAGCCAGGUAAAGCGCCCCAAGUAUCCCUGUGCGGGUGGUACGGCGGCACCAAGCCCGGUGAUGAUUCCCCAGAGUCGUACUUGUUCCUUGACGUACUUUUGGUCGGGCUUGACCACCAACCCUUGGGUCCAUUUCGGGGCGUUCCAUUCCUUGGCCGCCUUGGGCUUUUCAUCCUCGUCGUCGUCGGCACUGCGAAAGAGAAAUUGUGGGUAAGAGGCGUGAGCACGACUUUAGAACACGAUCGCGUGCGUGGGGGGACCCAAUGAACAAACCGACCGCACUAUUCCAAUGUCGUACCUGAGUUCGGCUUGGGAUUGCGCUCGCGCGUCCUUGGUAACUUC